CACCUGCAAACUCAACUCUCAAUGAUCAAUCACUGCCGUCCAUUCACAAACGCUCCUUCCCAUUUCACCCUCCUCUUCCUUCCUUAUUCAUCCGACUUGCCAUUGAAAGAAAAAAAGUUUCCAGGGCCAGUGGGGGGGCCCUGUACUCUAAGUCAUGCAAACACAGGCACAAACCCCAAGAUUCUCAGACAUAUAAAUAGAAUUCUUCGCCCCGAUGUCUUUCUAUCCCUUCCUUUUUGUUUUGUCGUUUUUUUUUUACUCUGCUGUCACUCAUUACUCACUCAUUUCUUCACUUGGUUGUUCCAUUUCUCCAAGUUUAUUCAUUUCAGGCUAUAUAAUCUAUCAGGAAUCUGAUUAUUUUUAAGACCCAGAUGCUGUUUUCAGAGCGUUGUUAACUGGUAACAAUGAGGAAAAGGCAUUUAUAUCAAUCCAAGCAUCCAUUUAAUACAUAUCCUUUUGAGGUCCUCUUCUGCGGUUCAUGGCAAGCUGUGGAACUCAUAAGAAUUAAGAAUGGGGUCAUGACUAUGCAUCUGAUAGAUGAUCAAUAUCUGAUUGAGAAACAACCAUUCUCUGAUUUUCGUGUUAAGUCUAGGCAGGCAACUUUAUCUGACUGCACCUGCUUUUUGAGGCCUGGUAUUGAUGUAUGCAUUCUUUCAGCCUCUCAGCGGACAGCGAUUAAUGAAGAGAAUCCAGAGCCUGUUUGGGUUGAUGCUAAAAUAAGUUCGAUUGAGAGGAAGCCGCACAACUCUCAAUGCUCGUGCCAGUUUUAUGUUAACUUGUAUGUUAAUCAAGGUCCUCUUGGUUCUGAGAAAGUAAUUCUGAGCAAAGAGACUGAAGUAGUAGGGAUCGAUCAGAUUUCUGUCCUCCAAAGGCUUGAAAAGCAUGCAUGUGAUGAUCAGCGCUAUGGAUGGAAUUUCUCUGAGGACUGCUGUGAAUUGAGACGAACUAAGAUAUUUUUGGGGAAAUUCUUAUCUGAUAUAUCAUGGUUGCUUGUUACAUCUGUUUUGAAGCAAAUUGCAUUUGAUGUGAGAUCUGUACAGAACAAGAUUGUCUAUCAAAUUCUGGGUAAAGAUGAUAGCAGUCCCUUAAAUUCUCAUACUUAUCUCCAUGCUGUAAAUUUCAAGGUAGACAAUGGUAUUUCAGUAUCCGAUGUGGUCCGACUUGACCCCCACCAAAUUAAUGAAGCUGGUGCUGCUUGUAGCGCACAUGAGAUCAGACAAUGGCCAGUUUAUGAUGCUAUGAACUUGCGACGCUCUAAACGCAGGAAUGUACAACCUGAGCGUUUCCUUGGUUGUGAUAGUUCUCUGGAGACAGAUAUUAGCUGGGUUCGAACAGCUCCAUUGAGAACUGGCAACUGGAGAGAAGAGGAAGAAGAACAAGAACUAGAAGAAGAUAUGAACUUACCACUAUCGUACUUGUUUGGCAUGAAUGCAAGUACUUCAAAAGAGCUUACCCAGUGCGAAACAAGUGAUGUGUGCAAAAGUAAGAAUAUAUCAAGGGAGUUCAAAUCAGAUGUGACUGCCCCAAGGAAAUCAAGUGCGAAUUACCCAAGGAGAUCAUGUGUGACUAAUCCAAGGAAGCAUCAAAAUAGUCUUGCUAUUGUUCCUGUGUCUUCUGAAAGUGAUCCUCUUGCCUCUGGACACUGUCAUGCCCCAAAAUUUCCAAGAAAUCAUGCAGAAGAGGUUGAAAAAGUAUCUUUGAAUUAUUAUACUGUGAAACGCUCUCGUACAACUCAGAGAAAGAAAAUUCCUGCUUUAGAAUAUAUGGAUUAUGAAAGUACAUGGAAGGGAAUAUCUUUCUCAAAGAAAGUACAGAAUAAAAGUCAUCGUUCUGUUCCUACAAGAAAGGAAGAUUAUGAUGAACCAAUAACUUACAAAAGAACAACAAUAAGUGCGGGUGCAUACAAUAAACUGAUUAAUUCAUACAUGAAGAACAUUGAUUCUACAUUCACAAAAGAAGAGCCACACAUUAUUGAUCAGUGGAAUCAGUUUAAGGAAGCAGCAUCCUCUGAAAUGAGUAGAAAAACAGAACCAGAACAACCCUCUGUUGAGGAUGAGGGAGAAAUGUCAGAUACUGAAAUAUUGUGGAGAGAAAUGGAACUAUGUAUGGCAUCAGCUUACUUUGAGGAAGAUGAGGCUAGAGUAUCUGCUGAGUCUCUGCGGAAAUCUAGUGGAAAUUGUCAGCAUGAUUUCAAACUGGAUGAAGAAAUUGGGGUUCUAUGUCGAAUCUGUGGCUUUGUGAGAACUGAAAUAAAAUAUGUUUCUGCACCAUUUCUGGAACAUAAAAGCUGGAUAGCAGACAAUAAAGUUUGCAGUGAGGAGGAGCCAGAGCAUAAAACAGAUGGAGAUGAG